AUGAAUAUGUGGAAAAAAUAUGGAAAAGGCAAUUUCCGUGUACAAGUUGGAACUGAGGAUUGGGUGUUCUUAUCUGAUGCUGAUGAUAUUGGGAUAAUGUUAAAUCAUCCUACUGAACUUGGAAAACCUUUGGAAAGGAAUACAGCAUUUCUGCCAUUUUUUGGAAAUUCUGUUUCAACAUCGGAAGGAGAAAGAUGGCGAUCCACCCGCAAACUUUUGUCUCCGAGUUUUCUAUACAAAACAUUAGAAAACAGAAUAGAUGUUAUAAAUGUUAACACUGAACGUCUGUUCAAUAUAUUUGAUGAUUAUGUGGACAAAGGUAGCAUAGAUAUGUAUCGCUAUUUGCGACCUUUUAUGUUUGAUAUUUUAUGUGAUUCAUUAAUGGGAGUUAAUUUAAAUCUACUGGAUAAUCCGGAUCAUCAUUACUUAAAUGCUAGUGCAAAAGUUAUUAGAAUCAUCACUCAUAAUUACUUCUCGUAUUGGAGAAAUAUUCGUCCAUUAUUUGUACUAACCUCACUUUAUAGAGAAAUGAUGGAUACCAUUAAGAGUCUUCGAGAUACAAGCACAGAAAUAAUGGCCAAAAGGAGAAAAAAGUUACAAAAAAUUAUUGAAGACACAAAAAUUAUUAACGAAAAUGUACACACUGAGGUAGAAAAAAUAAUCGAAGAAAAGGAUGAUAUGUGCCUUUUAGAUAAGUUUAUUCUCAGUAAAUCCAUUAUCGGGGACUCCCUUCCAGAUGAAUUUAUAAAUGAAGAAAUUAGCCUUAUAUGUUUCACGGGCCACUAUACAACGACAAUGACAGUAAGUCAUACACUUUAUUGCUUAGCAAAAUAUCCAGAAGUGCAGAAAAGAGUGUAUGAAGAACAAAUGUCAGUAUUUGAUAAUGACAUUUCAAGGAAACUUACUCACCAUGACUUAAGCGAAAUGAAAUAUCUUGAAGCUGUCAUUAAGGAAAGCAUUCGUGUAAUACCAACGGUUACGAAAAUUGGAAGACAGCUGAAAAAUGAUGUUGUAUUAAAAGAUGGUCGGAUUAUUCCUGCAGGAAGCUCAGUCAUAGUGUUUCUCGAGGCGAUGUCUGUUAAUCCGAAAGUGUUUUCAGAACCCGAAGAAUACAACCCGGAUAGGUUUAAUAAUAACAUUCACCAAUUCGCUUUUGUGCCAUUUAGUGCAGGACCUAGGGGUUGCAUCGGUAACUAA